CUCCUUUUUCUAUCUCUAGCUUUUCUCCAUGCAUGAGAGCAGCCAGCCACUAAAUCCCUAAACACUGUUUCAGCAUCAGCCUUAGAAGCUUAAAGGUUAAGGAACUCUCUCCAAACCCCAUCUACUCAGCCAACGCUACCAUAAAAAAUACAGACACCAGAAAAGAAAAGAAAUAAACCCCCCCUCCCCCUCCCUCCUUUUCUUUUCCUUCUCUUCUCUCUAUGUCUCCCCUCCUUUCCUCUCCCUUCGACUUCUUGUGGAUGUGAUUCUCCACCAUCUCCAAACCCCAUCAUCCUUAAAAAACAAAAAGAGAAGAAGAAGAAAGAAGAAGAAAAAGACCAUGGUUUUUUCCUCAGUUCCAGUCUAUCUUGAUCUCCCCAACUGGAACCAGCAAGCUCAUCAGCCACCAAGCGCUAGCGGUGGCAGCGGUGGCGAGGCCCACCAGCUCCCUCCAGGGUUGGCCGCGCCACGCCCUGAGGCCGGGAUGGCAGCCGGGUCAGCGAGGCCCGUUUCGAUGACCGACAGGGCUCGCCUUGCUAAGAUCCCUCAGCCUGAGCCGGCCCUCAAGUGCCCGCGCUGCGACUCCACCAACACCAAGUUCUGCUACUUCAACAACUACUCCCUGUCGCAGCCUCGCCACUUUUGCAAGACCUGCCGCCGCUACUGGACUCGCGGCGGCGCCCUUCGCAAUGUUCCCGUUGGCGGUGGCUGCCGCCGCAACAAGCGGACCAAGUCUUCCGGGAGCUCCUCAAAAUCCUCCACCACUGCUGAUCGCCAGGCCGCCAACGCCUCCUCCUCGUCGUCCUCCACUGCCACAAGUGCCGGCUGCGCAAUUCUUCCGAGCAUCGCCCCGCCAACCCAGUUGCCCUUCAUGGCCUCCUUGCACCCUUUGGCCGACUAUGGUGGUUCCUCCAAUCUCGGGCUGAGCUUUACCGGGAUCCAUCCCAUCGAGCAGCUGGAUUAUCAGGUGGGGAGCAGCUCGAGCAUCGGCCUCGAGCAGUGGAGGCUGCAGCAGAUCCAGCAGUUCCCUUUCCUAGGAGGACUGGAGGCCCCACCGCCGCCACCAGCACAACCGGUGCCGGGACUGUACCCUCUCGAUGAAGAAAGUGGGGGCGAGGGCUUCGCCGGUCAGUUCCUUCCAAAGUUGUCAGGCUCCGGGCUAAUCUCGCAACUGGCGUCGGUGAAGAUGGAGGACAACUCUCAGCGGCUCAAUUUGCCGAGGCAAUAUCUGGCUGUCCCCGGGAAUAAUCAGUACUGGGGUGGCGGCGCCGGCGCCGGCACGGCCAGUGGUGGCAGCGCCGGGUGGACAGGGGAUCUCUCGGGCUUCAACUCUUCAACUUCAGGCAAUAUCUUGUAAUUCCCAGUUCUUAUUUAGUGGUUCUUGCGUUAACCCUCGCCCUGGAUGCUUAAUUUUUGCAAUGGCUUCGGAGAAGAAAGAAGCACUUGUUUGCUACAACCUUUAAUGUACUCGCGUUAAAGGCUACUGAAGAAGCUAGGAAUGGUAGGUCAGUUUCUUGUUUCCGGGCGAAUAUAUUGGGCUGGUUUUUAGAUUUCUGUAUCCUUCCUUUGUAUCUUACAGAAUGCCUACAGACGUGGUGCAUGAGUUUGAUAUCUCUGACAUCGAGAGUUGCUUCUUAAAAAAAUGGACAUGAGCAAUGUAUGUUACUUCAUUGUCUUGAAUAGCUUCUUGUUAACACUA